AUGAAUACUCCGUUCAGACUCAGUAUCAGAGUCCUUGAUAAAGGUGACAUUAAACCAAGGCAUAUACCGGAUCGCGAUUCAUUUCGAAUAAGAGUCACUCUUAGUCAUACGGUCCGAGAUUUAAAGGAACGUCUUCAAUUCCAUUACGAUACCGGAUUAGAUGGUAUUAUCAUAGAAAGAAACAACCAGAUUCUAGAGGAAGACGACGAGACCUUUAGCGAAGUUCUAGGGACUACAGAAGUUCCUCAAAAUGAUGAACCUGGUUGGACAAUAUUUGCCAGUAAGUCGAUCUUACCUAGAGAAAAUAAACCAUUGUAUCCAGAUAUCCAAUUCAAAGUUCGUGUUACUUUUAAGCAGGAGGAUUAUAAUGUCGAACCGUUUGAAGUUUCAAGUACUCUAGUUGACAUGUAUAUGUUUUUAAAAUCUAGAAUUGCAGCAUGUUUAAAUGAGAUGGAGAAUCAAACUUUUCAAGCAUAUUUGAAGAAAGAAGAAGGCAAAAUGGAAAUAACUCCCGAAUACUUCUUGAUACUGGAUGUGAUUGAUCUUGACCUUAUACCUCGUGUGACUCCUGUUUUGAUAAUUGAAAAAAGCACUGACGAACAACUAAGAGCCACUGCUAAUCUGCUGGCUGAAAAUGAGAGAACCGGUCUAGAUCCAGGCCCAUCAACUAAUCGAUUUUUUAUUAGAGUCCAAUCUUCCAUUCCCAGUCUACAAGAAGGUAAUAAUUUGUUUGAGGUUAAUGGUUAUACAACAGUUGAAGAAUUUAAACAACAAGUCAUUGAAAGAAAUGAUUAUACAUCUGUAAGUCGAACAUUUUUUGACCAGGUUCGUUUAUAUAUUGACUCUUUUGGAUUGAUAGAGGAUACUUCUAAUAAUGUACCUUUGUCAUAUUUUUUGAUUGGAGAUGAAGAUGGAACUGGUGAAAUAUAUGACGUGAAUGUUGAAAUACUUGAUUUACGUGGUAUUGGUGGGUUUUUCACUCGUGAAUUCUGGAGAGACUUGAGGUCUCCUAAUAGGUUUUUGUUUCUACCCCGUAAUAAUAAUAGAUCAUUGAAUAUCGAUGAAACAGUUACUGAGACACAAGAACAGAUAGAAGAGGUACAAGAAGAACAAGAAGAACAGGAAGAACAAGAAGAACAGGAAGAGCAAGAAGAACAAGAAGAACAAGUAGAGCAACGUGGAUCUCCAACAAUUACUUACCAAGAGCCAAUCCGUUAUGAGGAGUUCCAGCCAACCAAAAAGUACACUAUUACAUAUGGGCCCCAAGAAAGUCAGAUGAGUUUCGAUACAAGUGAAUUAAUAGUUGUUCCCGAGACCGAUUGCAACCCACCGUACAUGUUGUUGAGCCCUAGUGCCAUGAAUAGACUAGAUCUGAAAAUCAGAGGAGAAGACGGGUCCAAAAUUAUAGAGAAGGUGAAGGUUGUGCAUGAAUCUACAGGGCCAUCAGCACCACAAUCAGUGCCUCCACCUACAAGAACGAUACCAAUUGUGGAUACUGGGGAUGUUGAAGAAAGCACAUUAAGAAGACGCCGUGGACAAGAAGAAGGAGAAGCUCAUCCUCAGCAUCAAGGAGCCCAAGAAGAAGAUGCAGUGAUGCCCCCACCAAGAUACCCAGGGACCACUCUUUUAAGUCGAGUUUCUCGAGCAUUAUAUGGGAACGCAUAUACUCUUUUCACCAACUUUCUAAAUGGAUUGGUGAUUGGGAUAUUUCUUCAAGUAUCAUUAAACAUCUCGCCCAGAACCGUGCAAAUAGUAUCCGGAAUCAUACAUCUCAGUAUGAUGAUUUGUUUAGCGAUAAGCCGGGGUGACACUUACGGAGAACAGUUACAAGAGCUUACCAGAGGAUUACCAAGAACCACUUUAAUCCGCAGUAUCAAUAUCUUUGGGCAGAUAUUGAAGGAUGUUCAUUAUUGGUUUUAUGACAAGUUCAGUGAUAUUGAAGAUCGAUUGUUUCAAUUUGCCAUUGAUGCCCGUAUUGACCAAUGGGAAUACUUGGUUGAAAUGAGAUUGGGAAAUGAUAAAGUUGAGUUUUUCUCCAAAUGGUACUUUGUUAACUUGAGGUGUGAUUUCCUAAUGUGGAUCAUAAGCUUCAUUCCAUUCUUAACGGAUGAUGCAUUGGAGGAAUUGAAACUAUGGAAAGAAGAAGAAUUUGAAAGAUUAAGAGAAUCCUUGGUGCAAAAACAUCAAGAUUGCAUACUGGCCUUACAAGAAUACCGAACCGAUAUCGAUAAGUUGAAAUCAGAUUCCAUCAUCAGAAUCGAAGACUCUCGCUUAUCAUGCCAAGAGGUGCUUGACGUGAUCAUCGGGGAGCAAUUCACUGAAGCCUUCCCUCACGAGGAGACCAGAGAUGCAAAAUACGAAAAAAUGGUGGAUGCCUACGUGAAGAUUGAAAACUACCGCAAGACAAUAUGUCAAGAACAUCAAAAGUGUCGUUGGCAACUUGAAAGCGUGGUCUAA